UUUCACGCAAAAAAAAAGAUUUCAUCUUAUAUUUCUCAUCAACAUGACUACUGAUGCACUAGAACAAUGUGUUAAGAAAUACCAUUUAAAAUAUUAUAAAUAUAAUGAAUUUGAUCAAAUAAAAGAGAUAGGUGGUGGAUUAGUUGGUAAAGUGUAUAAAGCGAAUUGGAAACAAAAUGGCAAAUGCUUAGUGUUGAAGUCGUUUAAUUUGGACAAUGUUGAAGAAAUUAUUUCCGAGAUAAAAUUAUAUCAUGAAGUUAACUUUAACGAUGUGAUGAUAAAACUUUACGGAAUAUCUAAAACUGAUUCAGAUAAAGAAUAUUUAUUGGUAAAAGAAUAUGCAGAAGGAGGUACACUUCGUAAUUAUUUGGAAGCGAAAUUUUUUUCAUUAAAUUGGGGAGAUAAAUACGGAUUAGCUCUUCAAUUGUCAAAUGCAAUAAAUUGCUUACAUGAAAAUGGAAUCGUACACAAAGAUUUACAUUCAAAUAAUAUACUUAUUCACCAAAAUUCAAUUAAACUGGCGGAUUUUAGUUUAAGUAAACGUAUUAAAGAUGCCGGUCAAAUUUCAUUUGAAACUGUUCCUUAUCUUGAUCCAGAAGUAUUUGGUAUUAUAGGAGAAAAUUCACGGUAUUUAAAUUCAUCAGAAGAGAAUAAGCAGAUAAAAAAGCAGAAAAAAAGUGAUAUUUAUAGUAUUGGGGUGUUGUUUUGGGAAUUGUCUAGUGGCAAAAAGCCUUUUGCUGAUAUAAAGUAUGAUUUAUCUUUGGCCGAGAGAAUUGCGAAAGGAUUAAGAGAAAAAAUAGUAGAGGGGACACCUGAAGGAUAUUCUGUUCUUUAUUCAAAGUGUUGGGAUCAUGAUCCGGACAAAAGACCAACAAUUCAAGAGAUUGUUGAUACUUUAACCCCAAUGGUAUCUCAACAAAUAAUUCAAAAUCUUAAGCUGAAUCAUGGAUUGUUUUUGAAUGGGCAUAAAAUUGAACCUAGUAAGCGAGCCGUACUUUUUGAAGAUGGUAUAUUGAAUAUAAGUUUAUAUGAAGGACAACCCAUAGUAUAUACCUUUAUAAAUGACCGUGACUCUAAUAUAUAUGCAUCAAUUUUCCUAUCGUUGAAAUUACUUAUACCGCAAAACCAAUUUCGAACUUUUUGGACAAUGAUAGAGAAACAUUGUAUGAAACCUAUGGUCAUCUAUUCGCAAAGAAAGUUUUAAUGGGUGGCAAAAUAUUUAUCGACGACUUUAAACCAGAAACUUCAACGCAAGCUGACAUAUUUAAAUCUUUCUUAACUGUGGCAUAUGAUUCAGCCA